AUGGAACGGACGAGCAGCGGCAAGGGGGACAGCGACGACGUCAAGAUCCACAGCCUCGUGGGCCAGGCGCUUGCGAGCGUCCAGCACAAGAUCAACAUCCAUUCGAUUCGCAGCCUCUUCAGCUUUAUGGGCAUUGGCGAGGAGCACCCGUUCUCGGUGCUGCUGCAGGCGCAGCUCGUCGUGCGGCUUCGUCGCAACUUGGAGUACUUCCUCGUCAACUACAUCCUCGUGUUUGGCCUCGUCUUCUUCUGCGUGCUGAUCUUCCACCCGUUCGCCAUGCUGUGCGGCGUGGCGACGCUCGGCGCCUGGGUCACGGUGCUCGUCCAGCGCAAGCAGAUCCAGCUGCUGCUCGGGCCCAGCGUCAAGAUGAUCUACGUGGUCUACGGCCUCGCUGCCGGUCGCCUCGAUUUCAUGUUCGUCGUCCAACUGACUAACCAUGCCUUAGGCACGGCGCUCGUGCUCAUCUUUUCGCUGCUGUCGCCGCUACUGCUUGCGACUACAACGCCAUUCGGCGUACACGCCUUGUUGCGCAACACCCCGGCCUCCGACAAGGUCGAUGUCGUCCUCGACGACCACCCGUAG